UUUGACAAGACAGCACAAAAUCAGUAUAGACUAGAUCUUAAACAGAGGAUCUCAAAGGCUACUUCAAUUAAAGGCUAAAUAUUCAGUUUCUACCAGGCAAUUAAUGGCUGCAGCUCAUGAUGUUCCAAGUACCUCUGGUAUUGGUACCAAGAGGCAAAGGACUCAAUACUGGUACUCAAUACUGGGUUUGGGAAAAAACCGUUACAAAGAACUACGAAUAAUACGAAAAAUAGAAAAGCUGUCACAGGUGAAGUCACCAAUAAUAAAGUCAUUCCUUGGUGGAACUGCACCUUAUAAAUUAAGCAAUGAAAAUACUUAUGAAAAAACCGACGAUAUCGAUAUCCGUUUCCAUUACACUACUCACGGCCAUGUUGUUUACUUCUCUUUUCUGGGAUCCAGAACAGUAUACAUGUACAAGUCCACCAUUGACACCUGGUACCAACUCCCCGAUGUCCCUUUACGUGCUCAAAGUGGUAGGGCUGAACUUCCCGUAUGUGUUACCACGAUCCAGGGAGAGCUGACAGCUAUUGGUGAGGAUAACAAGCUGUACACUCUGACUGGACAGGGGGCCAAGCAACAGUGGACUGAAGAGUACCCACCAAUGCCAAGGGGGGCCCCACGGUAUCAUCAACCUGCCUACGAUGAUACCUACGACUACCUUAAUGCCGCCCUGAAUGCAUUUUGUGUGGGAGAAGCUCUUAUUGUAUUUACAUGCACUGAUAUCAAAAUAAUGAAUACCGUAAGCAAGCAAUGGUCAACAGCAGCAGCUAGCUUUCGCCCUUCAAUAGAGGAGCGGAGUGGUGGUGAUGCUAAAUUCUAUGAUUCACACCUCUGGGUCAUCUAUUACAAUGAUUCAAAGUGCAUAAAGUAUCACCUAGAUUCGCUCCUCAGCUCAUGUGAGCCUCCGAUAUUCGAGCAAGUGCCUCCAGCCCAAGCAUCACCCACUGAGUUUCUCUGCCGGGAAAUAGGUUCAAAUGGUGCACUAAGUUUAAAUGGUACUCUGAUUGGUGAAGGGUGCGUUGAUUCGAAUUUAGAUUAUUCGAGGCGUGAGAUACGUAAGUACAACCUAAACAAAACUAAUAACCCAACUACAUGUAAUAGCUGGGAGCGUAUUAGCUUGGAGAGUGAAAGUGUUGGCUUUUUAAGAAAGAAAGAAGGCGCACCAAUAGUUGCUUUGCCUGACAACAAAUUUAUGACGAUCGGCCUUCAUACCGACAGGGUACUGUUCUUCACAAUCGACUGACUAUUAGUUUUUGCAAAUUGUUGGACUUCAGUGAAUUUCAAUUACGAACAUACACAUGCUAACCGAUAAAAUUUAUUUGUAACAUUGCAUGCCCAC